CCCCACUGCCUCUGCCGUUAAACCUCACCCUGCCCGGCAACGGACAGGACAUGGAGGACUUUGUCCCGGAGGUGGAGCUCAGGGUCUCGUUGGUGAAGUCGGAAAAGGGCAGCCUGGGCUUCACCCUCACAAAAGGUAACGACCACGGAUGUUACAUCCACGACAUCGUGCAGGAUCCAGCCAAAGGAGACGGAACCCUGAGGCCCGGGGACCGGAUGAUUACGGUGAACAACACAGAUGUGAGCAACAUGGGCCACACCGAGGUGGUCAACCUUGUGCGCGCGGCGCCUCGCGUGGUCGACUUGGUGGUAGGGAGAGUCCUGGAGGCCCCCAAGCCCCCCAUAGAAGCCCAUCUGCUGCCUGACAUCGGCUUCAAGGGCAGUCAAGAACCACUGGGUUUGGUGCUGGAUGGCGGCUGUGACAGUAUAUACGACGUCUUGUUUGUGAGGGACGUCGUUCCCGGUUCACUGGCCUUCGAGGAGGGCAGCCUGAGAACACUCGAUCUAAUCCACUACAUCAACGGAGCUCCCACGCAGGAGCUGACUCUCAGUGAGAGCAGCAGACUGAUGGACCUGUCGCUCGACGACCUCACACUCAAAGCCACGAGGGAUGGAAAGCCCGAGGAGAUCAUACAUCUGGACCUGGAGAAGCUGCAGGCCGGAGGUCUGGGGUUCUCUGUGAUUGGAGGAGAGAGGGGGAUCUUUGUGAAGUCCAUCACCCCGGGAGGACUAGCAGAGACCUCCAGGGAACUGCAAGUGGGAGACCGGCUGCUGAAAGUGAAUGAGGAACUCAUGACCGGCGUGUCCCACACCAAAGCCGUCACCACCAUCCGUAAAGCUAAAGGCCCGGUGCAUCUCAUCGUGUCCAGACCGCCCGACCAGAACCCAAACACAUGGCCUAUCUGCCCAUCAACUCGGACAAGUGCAAUGGAAACACAGAGUUCCGUGGAAGUGGAAGACGAUCCGAGGAAUGAAAACUAUCUGCAAAUGAGUGUUGGACAGCAGGAGGAAGAUGAGAUCACGUGGGGGAGUGAUGAGCUGCCAAUUGAAAACAUGAACUCUGAAUCGAGAGACGACGAGCCAAUCAUCACCGAGGAUGAGCUGACCUCUUUGCCCCUCAUCAAGGUGGUCCCCGAUGGCCAGUACACGGGCCCGCAGCUCAACACUGUGGUCCGCAUGAUGAGGGGCCUUCUGGAGCAGAAGGUCCCGCUGCAGGAGUUCGAUAAUCUUCAGAACCUCCAGCCGCUGGACGACUGUUUGAUCGGUCAGACGAAGGAGAACAAGAAGAAGAACCGCUACAAGAACAUCGUUCCCUUCGUCUCGACACGAGUUGUGCUGCGCAGAGACGGCGGCUACAUCAACGCCAACUUCAUCAACAUGUCCGUGAAGGAGGAGAACUACAUGUACAUCGCAUGUCAGGGGCCCUUACCCACGACUCUGGGGGACUCUAGGCAAAUGGUCUGGGAGCAGAAGUCCAACGUCAUCGCCAUGAUGACCCAGGAAGUCGAGGGCGGGAAGGUGAAAUGUCAGCGGUACUGGCCGGACACGCCGAGGACGGCGGAGAUGGUGGACGACCGGUUGCAGAUCACGCUGAUCAAAGACCAAUACCUCGACAACUUCGUCAUCCGACUCAUUGAAGUCAAAGAUGUCCAGACCAAUGAGAUACAGCACGUGACUCAUCUGAACUACACGGGCUGGCCGGACCACGGGACGCCCGAGCAGCCCGAGCAGCUGCUCACCUUCAUUUCCUACAUGAGGCACGUCCACCGAUCGGGGCCCAUCGUCUCCCACUGCAGCGCGGGCAUCGGCCGAUCGGGAACCCUCAUCUGUAUCGACGUGGUCCUGGGUCUCAUCAGUAAAGACGCCGAUUUUGACCUUUCAGAUGUGGUUAGGAACAUGAGGCUUCAGAGGCAGGGAAUGAUCCAGACAGAGGAGCAAUAUGUGUUCUGCUAUCAAGUGAUCCUGUACGUCCUCAGAUGCCUUCAAGCGGAGGAAAACAUCUCUGGAUAGUAGCCGUCGUAAAGAGACUGAGUCACACAGAUCAAAACAAAAGUGGAGGAGCGUUAACACCGGCAGAAAUUGCCAAAUUACAUUCCAUGUUUUUUUUAAAUGCCUUAAAAUAUCCAGUUCCUUGAGAGUACAUCCUUUUAAAGAAGUCUAUAUUUUUAUGUUUUCUUUUUGAGUGCUCUCUCCCUCUAUCUUUCUCUCUUUCUCGCUCUCAUUGGCUGCUACUACUUUUCAAUGCAUUUAUGAGAACUGCUGAUUGUAUUUUCUUAUUGUCCCCUACAAGAGAACACUAAUAUUUUCUUUUUUUUCACAAAUUCUUGGAUAUUUUAAAAAUAGUAAUGAAAGUGAUAAAUGAUUUCAUAUAUUAUGUGGAACAAAACUGUACUUGUGUAUUUUGAAUCCUACUUUGAUGCUGGAAUAUGCCUUGACAGAAUACUAUGUCAGUAUUUGCUUUGUAAAUCUAUUAUACAGUAAUUGCUUACUGCCUGAGGUAAAUGAUGACAUUAAAAGUGUACAUAUUCAUCUCCUGAAAAUUAAACUGCCUACAUUUUAAGUGGAA